AAAUGAAAAAAUCUCAGGCCUCAGUGUCAUUCAAGGACGGGGCUGUGGAGUUCACCCAGGAGGAGUGGCAGCACCUGGGCCCUGCUCAGAGGACCCUGUACAGAGAUGUGAUGCUGGAGAACUACAGCCACCUCGUCGCAGUCGGGUACUGCUUUACAAAACCAGAAUUGAUCUUCACAUUGGAAAAAGGAGAAGACUCAUGGUUAUUAGAGGAAGGAUUCCUGGACAGGAGCUAUACAGAGCACUACCAACAUGAGGAACUUAAGAGCUCAGAAAACCGAGGCAAACAUUGGUGGCAGGUUUUAUUCACCAACAAAAUGUUGAUUACAGAGCAAGAGAACAUCUCGGGAACACCAUGUAAUCCGGACAUAAACACUUUUCCUUCAAGAAUAAUACCUUUGAAAUGUGACACUGUAGGACCUACUUACCUUGAUCUAAGCGCAUUGGCCUCACACUGUCAGUAUUCAAAAGAGAGUGCUGAUGAGGUUAAUGUAUUUGAGAAGUGGAUCCACAGUAUUGAUGGCAGAACUCAAGCAGGAGAGGAAUAUUUUCAUUGUAAUAAAAACAUGAAAGCCUUCAGUCAGGAGGAGGAAGUUAUUCAGAAUCAGGCAGUUCAGAGUUUGGGGCAACCUUUUGAAGAUGGUGAAUGUGGAAAAGCUUUCCUACAGAAAGCUGCCUUUUUUGCAUCUAUGAAUGCCCACCCAAGUAUGAAAUCGUAUAAAUGCAAUGAAGGUGGGGAAAACAUGCUUGAAAAAUCUAUUAUUGUAUCUCAGAACAUUCCUAAAGAACAUAAGAGUCACGAUGAGCUUAAUGAAUAUAAAUCUAAUGAAAAUGGGAUAAAGUUCAGUAGGAUCAUUCAACUUCGAAAAAUUGAUACGGGAGGGAAGACUUUCAGCCAUGAUUCACAUUUUAGAGAACAUCACAGAAUUCUUACAGAAGUGAAACCAUUUGAAUAUGGAAAAUUUUUCUGUCAGGAUUCAGCCCUUCCAGUGCAUCAGAGAACUCAUACAACAGAUAAGUCCUCUGAUUAUAACACAUGUAGAGAGACAUUCAGUUACCAGUCAUCUUGCAGUGUAUAUCAGAGAACUCACACAAGGGAAAAACCCUAUGAGUGUAAGGGAUUUGGAAAGUCCUGUCCUAUGAAUUUACGCCCAGUUAGUCCUCAAAUAAGUUACUCAAAGAAGAAGCCCCAUGAAUGUCAUGAAUGUGGGAAAACUUUCAGUGAGAAAUCACAGCUAAGGAAACAUCAGAGAACCCACAAAGGAGAGAAACCGUAUAAAUGUGAUACAUGUGAGAAAGCUUCUAGUGUAAAGAUAGGUCUCAGAGUACAUCAGAGAACUCACAAAUGCGAUAGACUCUUUGAAUGCAGUGAGUGUGGGAAAUCUUUCAACUAUAAGUCAACCCUCAUAGGACACCAGAGAACUCACACAGGGGAGAAACCCUUUAAAUGUAAUGAAUGUGAGAAAUCUUUCAGUUUUAGAUCACACCUAGGGAAUCAUGAGCGAACACACAUAAGGGAAAGACCAUAUAAAUGUGAUGAAUGUGGAAAACAUUUCAAACACAAGUCAUCCCUUGGAAAACAUCUUAGGAAUCACACAAUGGAGAAACCGUAUGAAUGUAAUGAAUGUGGAAAAGCUUUCAAUCAGAAUUCACUUCUUAGUUCACAUCAGAGAACUCACACAGGAGAGAAACCGUAUAAUUGUAAUCAGUAUGCACAGUCUUUUAGCCAGAACUCAAGUCUCAGAAGACAUGAGAGAAUUCACACUGGUGAGAAACCCUAUAAAUGCGAUGAAUGUGGGAAAUGUUUUAGACGGAAAUCACACCUCACAGAACAUCAGAGAACACACACAGGUGAGAAACUCGAUGAAUGUAAUCAAUGUGGAAAAGCUUUCAGUGAGCAUUCAGGUCUAAGAAAACAUAAGAGAACUCACACAGGUGAGAAACCCUAUGAAUGUAAUCAAUGUGGAAAAGCUUUCAUGGACAAGUUGAGUCUAAAAAAACAUCAGAGUACUCACACAGGUGAGAAACCCUAAGAAUGUAAUGAAUGUGGGAAAACAGAAUUCGUGUC